UGUGCGUUCCAUGUGUUCUAUGCGUUCCAUGCUGGGUAAGGAUAGUGUUCAGUGAGAGGAAGAGCGGAUCAAAAGAUGACAUUUCAAUGGACAACGGUUGCAACCUUUUUGUACACAGAAAUUGGAGCACUUUUGAUUCUAUGUAUUCCUUUUAUUUCCCCUCUAAGAUGGAGGAAAAUAUUUGGAUUUCGGUUGUGGAGUAUAAUAUCCCCCUAUUGGAACAAGGCUUUUCUCUCCAUCAUAGUUGUAUUGAUUAUAUUGUUUCUUGAUGCUGCAAGAGAAGUAAAAAAGUACUCUGCGACGCAAGUGGCAGACAAGACUUCAAAGCUUUACCCUAGUUCUUAUGAUCUCAUCCACAUGAAACUAUUUAGAUCGCAACGUAAUCUUUAUAUUUCAGGGUUUUCUCUCUUUCUCUGGCUAGUUCUGCGCCGACUCGUUUCCUUGAUCAUUCAGUUAGCAGGAGAGAUGGAAGGUCAUGAUGCUUUGAAAACUCAAGUGGAAAAUACUAAUGAAGCAGCUAAAAAAUACAUGGAGGAAAAUGAGAAGUUUAAAAUGGCCAUAAAUAGAAAUAAAUCGAAGGAAGGUGCACAAGAAAUUAACGAACAGAAUGAAAAAUUCAAGCGAGAACUUGAUAACACCAAAAGUGAACUUAAGAGAGUGACCGAAGCCUUGUCAAAAUCAGAAGCAGAAUCUGGUGCUCUGAAGAAGCAAUCAGAAGGCCUUACACGUGAAUAUGAUCGUCUUCUAAGACAACAUGAGCAACUGCAGAAUGCCACUGAUGCAAGACAGGAUAAGAAAGACGAGUAACUUAUACUUUGCUGCGUGACUGUGAAGGAAGUUUGUUGGAAAACUGCUUUAGUUGUUUCAUAUGGUGCAAUGUUUUGUUUAUUUACUGCUUACAGAAUAUGUUUGGGCACAGAGGAUGUUCAGGGCCUGUAAGCAAAUACUUUAACGCCUAACGUGUUAAUUGUUAGCAGUGUUGAAAACAAGCAAAAUUCAUUGCAUGA